UGUAUUACUUUCAAUGCAUUUCAUUCUCAGGCUGUUAGAACACAACUGAUAUCAUACUGUUCUUUCUUACAAAAAACAGUGUGGAAAGGGUCUUUAGAUAGAAUCCUAAACAUCAUGUUUCUUGGAGAUGGGGUCUUCUGCCACAUAACUAGCCAGAGGUCUUUGUCCUGCUUCAGUAUUCCAUUUUCACAGAAAUGAUCUCAAAAGAGAAAUGCAAUGUGUCCAUAUCUUCCCAGCAACUUUCCGUACCUUACUGUAGCUGGGGCGCAGCUCAGACUCCUGUGAGUGCUCCUUCUAUUUUGGAGAAUGCCAGCUUUUAUGACAGCAAAGCUUUUGGAAAGGCAAGCUGGAAAAGAGUUUUUCAGCAAGAUUCUUGGUUCAAAAAAAGGUUGUACAAGUUAUUACCUGAAAGACCACUUUCUGUAACGUUCAGCCCUACAUUCCCUGAGAAGCCUGUCAAGAGUUAUAAGGCUCACAUCUACCUAUCUCCACAGUACGCUGUGGAGCAAGAAGAGAGAAUAAGUUUAACUGAGUUGUUGUCUGGGAUUGACUCUGUGAGUAGAGCUUUGGAGAAUGAGAAAAAGGAGAACAACUCACCUCUCAGCAGAUCCUUGGAUUUCUUGGAUCCCUGUGCUUCUCCUAGACCAUAUGGUAUUCCUGGGUUUCAGAUCACACACAAAGGCAAAGUAUACCAUGACUGGAGAGGUGUGAUUGCGCCAAAUCCUGUGAAGGAGUACAGCCAGGCAAGGCAAAAAAUCGUGAAGGGCAAGGAGAUUACAGUAGACUUCCAAGCCAAGAAAAAGAAAAGCAUCAAGUGCUAAGUCAGAAAGGAGGAAUAUAAGUUGCUUUUUUCUGAUUAAUCUUUUGUAAAAAUGACAACAGAUUAAACCAAUGUACUUAUUUUCAAACUUAUUUUUCAAAGUUUUUCAUUUGGAAAUUAAUAUUGAAAACUGACAAAGGCAUUAGAAAGCAUGAAUAGGUCUUAGUCAUAUAUUUACACUAUUUCCAAGUAGAAUCCAUAGAUUCUCAAUGUCAUUAAGUUCCAAAACCUCAGAAUGGUGAUUCUGGGUUCUUCUGUGUGAUGAACAAGAUCUGUUUGUUUGAUGUGUAUAUUAAUCUCCCAUUAACAUCACUGCAGCCUCAGGAAACUAGGAAAAUUUUAGCAUCAGGCCCUGUGACCAACUAAAUUGGGCCCACUGAGGUUGAAAACAGUGUCUUCAACUGAAAGUGAAAGCUUUGUUGUGCCUGUCCU